CUCAACUGGACCAUGUUGUUUCAAAGGUUUGCACUUUGCACAUUGGGUGGGCUGGGUUCAAGAACCCAGAUUCUUUGCCGCGUAAACGACUCGUAGCACAUGUUCCAGGGUUCGACCUCCCACUCUCUCUCCCCCAAGAUGGCGCUAGAAGCGAAGCCCACGAACCCCGAGAGAGCAGAGAGGGAGCACCAACCACCGCAUGUUUCCCUUCGAAUACGAUGAUGUCUUACGUUUACACCCAUUUCUCGUUAUUGGUUUUCCUCUGAAUCUUUUUUUUUUUUGACAAAAAAAAAUAAAAAAAAUUCCAAUCCAAAAAGCAAUGGCCUCGUUCUUACUUCGUCGAAGAGUUUCAUCGUCUCUGGGCGUUUCUCGUACGCUCCACGCAGGAAAUAUGGAGCCCAUUUGGCUGCACUUGGAAUUGAGGAUUGCAGCUUUAGUUACCAUUUCUCGUUCAAUGAGAAAGUACAGCAGUUGUGCUGGUACCACGAAGUUUGACUUUACAGAUCUCACUCGUCCUCAUACAUGGUACCCAAAUGCUCGAAGGAAACAUCGCAAGGUUAUCCUGCAUAUGGGUCCCACAAAUAGUGGUAAAACAUACCAUGCUCUGAAGCAACUUGAGUCGAGUUCAUCUGGCAUAUACUGUGGUCCAUUGAGAUUGUUGGCUUGGGAGGUGGCUAAACGGUUGAACAAGGCAAAAGUGCCUUGUAAUCUCAUUACGGGACAAGAAAGAGAGGAAGUUGAUGGUGCAGAACACAAGGCUGUGACAGUUGAGAUGGCUGAUGUAACAUCAGACUACCAUUGUGCUGUUAUUGAUGAAAUUCAGAUGUUGGGAUGUAGGACAAGGGGUUUUUCAUUUACUCGUGCUCUAUUAGGAAUCUCUGCUGAUGAGCUUCACCUUUGCGGAGAUGCAGCUGCCAUUCCCCUUAUCCAGGAAAUACUCAAAGUGACAGGUGAUGAAAUUGAGGUUCAAUAUUAUGAGAGACUUUCACCACUAGUUCCAUCAAAGGUCCCUCUUGGAUCCUUCUCUCAUGUACAAACAGGCGAUUGCAUUAUAACCUUUUCGCGUCGUGAGAUAUACGGAUUAAAGAGGAAAAUUGAAAAUGAAGGAAAGCAUCUUUGUUCUGUAGUUUAUGGUUCACUGCCGCCAGACACUCGAACCAGACAGGCAACAAUGUUCAACGAUGCAAGCAGUGACUUUGAUGUCCUUGUGGCUAGUGAUGCCAUUGGGAUGGGUCUCAAUCUGAACAUUUCCAGGAUCAUAUUUUCAACUAUGAAGAAGUUUGAUGGUAUUGAGAUGAGGGAUCUUACCGUGCCUGAAAUCAAGCAAAUUGCAGGGAGAGCGGGCCGGUAUGGAUCAAAAUUUCCUGUUGGCGAAGUGACUUGUAUAGAUGCAGAGGAUCUACCCUUGCUUCAUUCAUCACUCAAAUCCCCAUCGCCCACUCUAGAGCGUGCUGGACUAUUUCCUACCUUCGAUCUCAUGUUCAUGUACUCACGUGUACACCAAACAAAUGGCCUCCAUCAGAUAUUGGAGCACUUUUUGGACAACGCCAAAAUAUCUGAGAAUUAUUUUAUUACUGAUUGUGAAGAAAGUUUGUUGCUGCUGUUAUUGAUGAAUUGCCGCUCGGUUUGCAUGAUAAGUACCUUUUCUGCAUCAGUAUCAUUAAUAUAUGUGCUGUGCAGUCCAGUUGACAUGAAUGAUGAGAUUGCAUCUCAGGGUCUCACACAAUUUGCACAAAAUUAUGCCAACAAAGGCAUAGUACGGUUGCGAGAAAUAUUUACACCAGGAACACUUCAGGUGCCAAAGACACCUGCUGCUCUCAAGGAGCUUGAAUCCAUACACAAGGUGUUGGAUCUCUAUGUUUGGUUGAGCUUCCGAUUGGAGGAUUCAUUCCCCGACCGCGAGCUGGCAUCAUCUCAGAAGGCCAUUUGUAGCCUGUUGAUUGAGGAGUUCCUUGAAAGACUAGGGUGGCAGAAGCCAAGAGCAAGGAAGUUCCAACCACGCAGAAACUUAAGUUCUCUAUUAUCCAAAGACAUUAGACAACAUUUGUGAGACAUGUUCUUGGAUCUUCAACAACUUAGAGGAUAGGAAAAGUUGAAUUUUUAGAUUAGUCACUUCACCUCAACUUAUAUCUCAAAAGUAUUUGCUUCUGUUUAACAGUUGACUUCCUUUACUUCAUAUUUAUAAAUUCAAUCAAUUACUUUGACAAUCAUUGUGUUAUUUACACAACAUUAAAUGUAAAAAUUUAGUGUCAAUGAUACAACAUAAAUUUUCAGAAUUGUUAUUCCCUCUGCAAA